AUGAAGCUGGUCACUAUCAAGGCGUUGGUCGCCUUGACCUCGCUCGCCCUCAUGGCCGAUGCGGCCGCCGUUCGUCGCUCCAACCUGGUCGUCAAGGAAUCCGUCUCGGUCCCCUCGGACUGGGUCCGACGAUCCGACGCUGCCGACAACGAGCCGGUCGCCCUCCGCUUCGCGCUCAAGCAGUCCGAUGUCUCGGCCCUCGAGCAGCACCUUCGCAAGACCUCUGACCCGGAUCACGAGCUCUACGGUCAGCACCUCAGCGCCGACCAAGUCUCCUCUUACCUUCAGCCUCACAAGCGCUCCAUCGAGGAGGUCGAGCUGUGGCUGCGCGACGCUGGCAUCCACAUUGACGAGGCCCUCGCCGCCCGUUCUCCCUCCAAGGACACCUUCACAGUCCACAUCCCCGCCUGGCAGGCCCGGGAGCUGCUCAACGCCGACCUCGGUGUCUACGAGCACAAGCGCAGCGGCACCCUCGCCGUCCGCACGCCCGAGUACAGCGUGCCCGAACACGUCUCGGAGCACCUUGACUACGUCGGUCCUCUAACGCUCUUCACCCAGCCUCGCGCGCUCAAGAGCGACAUCGCCGGCACGCAGGUGCUCGUCAAGGAGCUCGCCGAUGACGACGCUUCCAUCGUCGGCGACGUUCACCGCAUCGUCGACGGUGGUCAGCCAGCUGCGUGCAACACGUCGGCCGUCACCAACCUCUGCCUGCGCACCUUCUACAAGACGGUCAACUACGUCCCCAAGGCGGCGAGCAAGAUGUCGCUCGGUGUGUCCGGCUUCUUGGGUCAGUGGGCCAACUUUGCUGACUUCUCUGGGUUCCUCAAGGAGCAGCGACCGGAUGCGGGUAAGGCGGGGUACAACUUUACCGUGCAGAGCAUUGCCGGUGGGUUGAAUUCGCAGAGCACCCCCGGUGACGAGGCCAACCUCGACGUCCAGACUGUUGGCGGGUUCAUCUACCCGGUUCCGUUCACGUUCUAUACGACGGGUGGAAGCCCGCCGUACAUCCCGGACACGGCGACGGUCAACAACACCAACGAACCGUACGAGGCGCAGUUGAACUAUCUGCUUUCGCUCUCGAAGCUGCCUACUGUGCUGUCGACGAGCUAUGGCGAUGACGAGCAGACGGUUCCCAAGGCCUACGCGCAGAGGGUGUGCAACUACAUCAUGGCGCUCGGUGCGCGAGGUGUCUCGACGGUUUAUUCCAGUGGUGACAGCGGUGUUGGUGCGACCGGAACGUGUGUCUCCAACGGCCAGUAUACGAAGAAUGGCACUGCGACGUUCUUGCCCGCCUUCCCGGCCAGCUGCCCCUACGCCACCACGGUGGGCGCCACGCAGAACUUCAACCCCGAGAUCGCGGUGGAUGGCGAUUUGCCUGGGUUCUACUCUGGUGCUGGUUUCUCCUACGUCUUCCCCCGCCCCUGGUACCAGGCCACCGCGGUGAAGAACUACUUGCCGAACAUCGUUACCAAGUACACGGGGUUGUACAACCCCAACGGACGUGCUUACCCCGACGUCUCCGCCCAAGGCAGUCGCUAUGUUAUCAAGAUCGGCGGCAAGAACUACCUUAUCUACGGCACCUCUGCUUCCGCCCCCACGUUCAGCUCCGUUAUCGGCCUCCUGAACGAUUACAGGAUCAGUCAGGGCAAGAGCUCGUUGGGCUUCCUCAACCCCAUCAUCUAUGGCAAGUGGCUCGGUACCCCCGCGUUGAACGAUAUCACCAUUGGGUCCAGUGUUGGAUGUGGAACGACGGGUUUCCCCGCAACCAAGGGCUGGGAUGCUGUCACCGGAUGUGGUACUCCCGACUUUUUGGAGAUGCAGAAGCGUCUGCCUUGA